UGUGUAUAUGUGUGUGUGGGUGUGUACGUACGUGCCUGUGUGUGUGUGUUUUGUGUCGUGUUAGGCAAGCCAGCCGGCAAGGUCGGUGGCUAAAGUGGGAAGUGCGCGCGAAAAAGUGUGAUCUUAUGAGGGAAUUCGGACUGGGACGCCACCGGGACAUUGGAAAGCACCAGUCGCCACUGGAAUCGGUCGCCAUGCUCCGUCGGGGCCAGGAAUGUACGUAAUAUUUCCGGCGGAUGAACUCAUACUGCUGACAUACGGAAUCGCCGUACCGAGAGUACCGCCCAGACCAACUCUGGACAACCUGCGGGAGCCACUCGUGCCCACAGGCAAUAGGCCUACAUCCACCACCACCACCACCACCAACACCUCCAAAACCUCCACCACACCCACCACCACCACCACUUCCACCACCGCCUCUCCCACCACCUCCAAAAACGCACCCAAAGCGGCCAAGCCCAUCGCGAACAAGGCAAACACCCUGCCACACAGCAAGAAAGCCCACGGGGACUCCACAGGAAAACCAGGUCCUCCCACCACGUCUACCCCGGUCAGCCGGCGCCAGGAGUCGAACGAGUCGUGCGAGUUGGACAACCCGCGCAGUGCGGCCCUUGCGGACGCCACCGACGAGCUGGCCACCUUUAUCGACGAUGUUGGCCCUCGGAACGGCAUCGCAGCGACGGCGGCCGCUGGCUCCGUAGGCUCGGCCAGAGGUGCCGCCGUCACCGCGUCGCCCAGGUCGGGGGGCCCGAAGGAGCCGGCGGCGGGGGCUAAGUCGAAAUCGAAGCUACAGCUGAAGCUGGGCCGGCUGCGACCACAUUCCUCGAUCGAACAGAGUGAAACGGCCUCGCGCGUCCGCGAGGACCUGCAGAUCCAUGUCUCGAAUCCAGUGUUCACGCGCGACAACCUGCGCCAGCGCAACUUCGAUGCCUUCUUCGAGUCCGGCGAGCAGGUGUACUCGCUGGAGGUCCGCGAGAAGCCCACGCCCCGUACACUCGAUGCGCUCGGCUCGAGUGGAUCGGACCCGGGCCUGGCUGAGGCCGAUGGCGGGCUGCGACCGGCCACUGGGUACGAGCAGCGACCCAGCUCGCUGGGGUUCUUCCGGAAGCCCAAGUCGCCGCUAAGCAUACGUUCCAAGAGCGCCGAACAUGAGUUCGCCGACAUCGAGCCGUCCCAGAAAGAACCAUCAAAAAGCCAUCGACAUAACAUAUUUAGCAAGCGUGGAACCACGCCGAGCGCGGGCCCCGCGUUCCAGGCGCUCGGAGGCAGCAUGUCCACCUCCGGGGGCGGCGGGGUGCUCAAGGAUUUGGGCCAUCCCGGGCUGAACGAGGCGCUCAAGUCCCACAACAGUGUAACGUUUAAGCUAGUCAAAACAGUUUCGGAUUUCAGCGAGACCUUGGCGCAGCUGUACGAGCAACAUGCCGAGGCACUGCAGGUGCUGGUGUCGAACUACCGCAAGCGGAACAGCGAGCUGCGUAAGGAACGGCCUGCUUGUCAGUCGAACCUGUUCUCGGCUUGGGAAACGCUUCUGCAGGAAAUCGAGGCGGACUCGCAGGCAACGAUCGACGUGGCCAGCACGCUCUCCAGACAGGUCGCCCGACCGCUGCUGGAGCGCUCGUUCUACCGGAAGGUCCAGAGCAGGAAAGUAUUUACACACCGCGAGUCGUUCGAUACAAUCAUUUCCAAGACUGAAGAGAAACUAUCCAAGUGCCGAAUCGAAUACAAACAAUGCUACAUCGCCCAUCGCCAGAGCCCGACCCAGCAUACGCUAGCGCAGUACAUCGAUUCGCACAAUGCGUACGUGCAGCAGCUGCACGCGACCAACGCCAUGCUCGAGGCGUACCACUGCGAGACGCUGCCGCAGCUGAUGCAGGAGCUCGAGGAGAUCUACAACGAUCUGUGCAGCAUCGUGUCGGAAGCCGUCCUACAGGGUGCCGAAGCCAUCGCCGCCAAGGCAGUUGAACAGGCGAAACGCUACGAUGGGCUCGUCGUGCAGUGCAAGAACGUCUCUCCGGCACUCGAUCUUGGAUAUUUCGUCCGUACCCUUCCGGUGCCACAAAGCGUGCAGCGGAUUCCGAGAAAAGCGUUCGCGCCACCACUACCUGCCAAUGCGAACGAAACCGGCGAUCCCAUGCUGCCGGUGUUCAAAGAUGAGCUGGUCGUGGAUAGAGGUGCAUCCAUCCAAGUGCGACCCUCACUGGAAGCGCUGAGACGAGAAUCGCAGGAAUUAGAAAUUCAAAUCAAACAACUGCAGGAUACUUUAGACGCUUUAGUUCGUACACAGAUCAGAGGUAUCGACAGCCAGCUGUACAAUAAGGCCAACGAGAUCCAGGAGGAUAUCUCGAUGAAAAAAUUCGACGUCCGGGCCAAGCAAAUCCAUCUCGCUGCAGUCCGCGCCCAGAAAGAGUUAUUUUUGGGUAGAAUAGAUCCUGGUUCACCUCGCGGUGAACGUAAAAUGUCUUCUUCUAGUUCUUCCUCAAUGAAGACUAAGUGGCUAAAAGCGUUUCGUAGCCUGAAACCGGCAGGUUCGGCGAACGAUAGGAAGAGCGGUAAUGGAGCACAAAUCCGCUUCGAUGGCACCGACAACCACAAUUUGCAGGAGUACACCUACAAGAAGAUCACACCAUGCGACGUUUGCUCGCAAGUUCUACGAGGACACACCCGGCAGGGCCUGCGGUGCAGAAUAUGCAAGGUGAACGUGCACGCCGACUGUGCAUCGCAGCUGCCCAAGUGUCAGGUGAAGCAGAAGCUGCUUCGCCGCCAGAAGAGCACCUCCGAGAUCGAGAACCGGGCCGUCGAGGUCGAGGAAGAAAAACCAACCGAUGUCGAUCAGAUAUAUCAGGUCCUUAAGCAAGCAGGGGAAAUUUCCAGCGGCAAAAUUGUUGCCGACCCGUCGAAGGGCCCAGGAGCGACCGGGACGGCGGCUUCCGGACACGGCCAAACUGUCCCGAACCCCCCGCUAGACAUUCCCGUAGUGAAAGUGCCUGAGUAUCCGGACCGUGCGCCAUGGCGGGGACCAGUCAAAUCUCAGGGGCCAAAUUAUCCACACCAGAAACAGGGACUGACUGCGCCCGUUGCAACGGACAUGUCAAGCUCAGCGGAGGAAGAUGACAUUAUGAUUUCGACGCGCCCAUUCGGCCAGCCGCUUUGCUUCGUGGUGGAGGAACCCCCUCCAGAGGAGUCGCAAGCGAGCAAAAAAGAUGGCAAACGCAAAAAGUGACGCACACAAGCAGUGGGUUGCGAAACACUUCUUAAGUAAGACGCGCCAGAACAAGCUGACGCCGGUAUCACCAAGUGACCGUGCCGUUACAGAUCGGCACCGGACAAGCCUACACUCACCAGCCCUUUAAGGGCAUUGAUUGAUUCGAUAUAAGAACUCAACUCCCUGUCAACCCCACAACAAGUUGUACCACAUCUCGUGUGCAUUCACCCGCGUUGUGAGGCGCGUUUUGUCGCUUUUGUACGAGUGUUUUCCCUUCGAGAACGUCCGCGAGCGGUCUAGUUGUACGAUAUCCCCCGCCCCCAAAAUGUUGAACCCGAUUUGUUCGAUACUCGUUAAAUAAAGUGUUAAUUUCGAAGCCACCCAGUGAGGAGCGAGUUCCCGUUUUAGCUUUCUCUGGUACGUAACACAACUCGCCGCGGGUUGCGAAACGGACUGUGUUUCCACGCGAAAACCAAAAAAAAUAAUUCAUAAACAAACGCAACCCUUCGGGCGCAUAAACGCUGCAUUAAUUAAUGAAACGCGGCGCGGCGAGCAGUGUACGCUCAAUCAAACGCUCAGUCAUCAUCAUGGCCAUCGCACUGCCUUGAUUGGUGUUAUUUUUCGCUCAACACAAAAGCGAACUAACGGUGGCAAUAAAUAUGGCUUCCCGGGGCUUUUGUCUCGAUCGUACUCCCGAUAGCUGAACUUGCGUUGUUAUUAUUUUCUCAAUCAACUCGCCUUCCCUUGUAUCGAACAUGAGUUUGAAACCGAACGGUGGCGUCUAAAGCAAGCAUUUUAGCCAGUUGCUCUACCGAUUUGUCGUUCUUUCUUUACCCAGACUGAACGGCCGGGAUCAUUUUGAGCAGGUUUUGGGUGGCUGCAAGUGCCUAAAAGAACGACCAGAGAGCGUCAACAAAAGCCCUUUUUUCCCUCGCAGCAAAAGAAAACUGAUUAGCGAGACUGCUAUCGAGUGGGCUGUGAUAAAUGCGAACGGUAAAGCUACUAAUGCUACCGGAACACGAACCGUACCCAAGUUCUGGCUCCUACUCAUUAUGAGGAUGCGAAAGCGCCUUAUCGAGAUUUGCGAAAAAAAAGCUCUCUCUCUCUCUCUCUCUCUCUCUGUCACACACACACACUCCUACACACGCGCACAUAUAUUUCGGUUGCAUGCAACAAUAGGACACCGUGUAAGCCAAAUGCAUAGAAAACGAGAUAAGCUCAAUAAA